GUGGUCCGGUGCUACUGCGAUUCCAGUUGUUUUCACAUCCCCUCACUAACAAAGAGACUGAGAGCUGCUGUCUCUUACAUCUUCGAGUAAAUGCGUCGAGUGAUGCGCAGCUAACGACUGACGCUCCUGUACUUUGAGGCGACAUCGAAGAGAUAAAGAGCUGAAAUACACCUUGCACUCAAGAGGAGAAAUUAGGGGAGAGUUUUGAAAACUUUCAGACAGACUUGAUUGAACCUAAAAAGCGAAAAUGGUGUCGGCCGGACUGGAGAUAAUGGGACUAUCGCUGUGCGUAAUUGGCUCGCUCCUGGUGAUGGUUUCGUGCGGGCUGCCCAUGUGGAAGGUGACGGCUUUCAUCGAAGCCAACAUCGUGGUGGCUCAGACAAUCUGGGACGGCUUGUGGAUGUCGUGUGUGGUGCAGAGUACGGGCCAGAUGCAGUGCAAGGUGCACGACUCCGUCCUCGCCCUCACCCACGACCUGCAGGCGGCCAGAGCCCUCACCAUCAUCUCCUCUGUGAUGGGCGUGCUGGGGCUCAUGGUUGUGAUCGCCGGGGCGCAGUGCACCAACUGUAUCCGCGCUGAGUACGUCAAAGCCCGCGUGGUGAACGCCGGAGGAGUCAUCUACAUCAUCAGUGGUCUGUUCGUGCUGGUGCCUCUCUGCUGGAUGGCCAACAGCAUCAUAUCGGACUUUUACAACCCGCAGGUGCCCGCAUCCAAGAAGAGGGAGAUCGGCGCUGCGCUCUACAUCGGCUGGGCUGCCUCAGCGCUGCUGCUGAUCGGAGGAGCGCUGCUGUGUUGCUCCUGUCCCUCCAGCGGGAACUCUGGAUACUCGGUAAAAUACGCACCGACAAAGAGAGCCACGCCGAACGGGGACUAUGACAAGAGGAAUUAUGUGUAGCUUUCUGGCUCAUAGCAGGCGGUGCGUAAAAUUGACCCGCAGCUUUUGAAAAACUGUUUUUGACGGACUUUAUAUUUGCACCUGCAGUUUUGUUUUUUUAAUCUGAACUUUGAAAAUCAAUGGAAGCACAUUUGCUGUUUUUACACUGACCAUUCAAUAUGCUCGGACCACAAAUUCACAAAUCCUUUUUGUAUGUACAGGAGAUAAAGAAAGACUAUCAACUACAAAGCUCACGACAAAAAGGAGUAUCUUUGUUAGGUACCUGCUAUUGUAAGUCUUCGAAAUUAUUAGUAUUUUGACUUGUUUACCGCUGUAACCGAAAGUUUUUCUUUUCUAGAGGAACUCUUGCCAUCAAAUAUAUACAGUUUUUAUAUUUGCCUUGAUGUGCUUUAUCAGCACAAACUUGUACAGUAAUUGAGAAUGAUUGCACUCCCACACAUUCAAAGACCCAUUUCCUUUAGUGGAACUACGCCGGCAUGUUUGAGGACUCCAACAAUGUCCAGUAAAGACCGAAUAAAAAAAGUGCACACAUGUUAAAGCCUCAAUAAAUCUCGGGCAGGCUUUUGUGUAGUUCACGAGUUGACUGCGGCGGCUUUGAAGUCUGAGUCUAAUUUUGGACCUGUAGAUUCCGGAGAGCCUGGGGUCUGUAUGUCACCACAUGAAAUGUUUAUGUUACAGUCCGUUAUUCGGUUGGGCUGAGCACCUGCAACGUUUUUGCAUCAUUGUCACUGCAGGAAGUCUUUUCUUUUCCAAACAUUAGGAAUAAACUUUGUUUUCUGUUGUUUUGUUGAUGUAAUGAUUCAUUAUUCGUGUAUAUGAAGAUGCAAUAUUGUGUCAUUUUAUUAAGAUUAAACUGAAUAUAUUGUCUGAAA